AAAGUCAAAUCUCAAAAAAUCACGAUUCACUUACAGUGACGGUGACGUGUGUGCGUUGAAGUGAUAUUGGGAUGAAUUGUGGUUUUGUUAGCAAACGCAAGAAAAUAUAUUUUUGUUUACUUUGAACAUCUUUUGUGACGUAUAUUUAAACAUUGUGAAAAGCGGGAUACCAUAUCACUUGUUGGAUUUACCUGUAUUUAAAAUAAUCAUGGAUGGUGCACCUUGCGUAUUUUUAGGCAUCAAAGUAAAGCCGGGGCCUAUUGAACGGUUUAAAUUAGAAAACUUCGGCCUCGAUAACACUGUAGAGAACCUAAAAAUUGAGGCCGAAAAGAAGUCUAACGUGCCGUCUGCAUCUUUGGAAUUAAUUCACCACGGGAAAAUUCUUAAACCAGAGGCCACAUUGCAAGACUGUGGGGUAAAGAGUGGUGAAAUGGUACAUGUUGUCAAAAAGAAAGUCCCGGCAGCUGCUCCUCCACCCCCCACUUACUCUGAUGCUGAGCUGCAACAAAUAGCUAACUCCCUGAGAACUUUGGGAUGCACACCCAACGCUCCUGGGUGGACUAGGGCUAUGCAGCUUUUAAAUGACGAAUCAGCCAUGAACGAAAUCCUCGAACACGCCCCAUCACUCAGAGAGGAUUGCGUUACACUGUCAAUGCUACAUGAAGUGGAACUGCUGGCCGCGUUGGGCGCCAAUGUAAGCACGAUGAGGCGUGCCGCCAACGCACACCCAGAUUUGCCGGCGGCCCUAAGGCAUCUUACAAGGCUGGUGCACACCAGAGCCAAUACUUCUACUGCUAAUGACAAUGUGCCAACAUCAGGUUUCGCAUAUUCUCUUGAAGCAUUGUCUGAAGACGAAGACGCAGAUGAAGAAGAAAAUGAGGAUGGGGAAAGGAAUACCAUCACUCAAGAACAGUUUGCUGCUGCGUUGCAGGCGGCGACCGAGGCGGUGUCGGCGUCCUCGAGCCGCGGCGGCGGCGGCGGCGGCGGCGGCGGGCAGGACUCGCUGCUGCGCCUGCUGCAGGCCGCCGGCGCGGGCUCCGGGGCAGGCCGCGCCGAUGGCAACGACGACGCGCCCGCUACCGGCUCGGCUACAGGUACCGGUCGCGCUGUGAUUACCCCGGAAAUGUUCAGCGACGCCAUCUCGGAGGUGUUCAACCGGACUGGAACAGGCACCAGAUCCUCCGGCACGCCUAUGGAGCAAAGCACUGCGGCAUCCUCGUCUGCGAGUCCUGUGGGAGAGGACUUCUCGUCGCAGCUGACGCGGAUGCACGAGAUGGGAUUACUGGAUGACGCACUCAACGUUCGCGCGCUACUUAUCUGCUCAGGCGACGUCAACGCAGCUAUCAACCUGGUGUUCAGUGGCGCUAUUGCAGACGAAUAGGUCUUUUUGCACAGCCAGAUAUAGAUUUUAAUAUCGUUAUAAAUCCAAACCUAAAAGUCAUCAAUAGAAUAGCUAGCUAUAGCUAGAAAUAGACUUUGAAAUUUUACAUUUAGAAUUUAAUUUGACGCUCUUUGGUGACCCUUACUUCAUUUUACAUUUAGAAUUAAUUUGACGCUCGUUGCUGACCCUGAGUCGAUGGGAUUCCAGGGGGUAAUAGCCGAAAUGAUCUUCAGUGCCUGAUUAGUAUCAGACAUGGCAGUCAACGCACAGACUGGUAUAAGGUCCUAAAAGUUGGGCAAAAAUAUUUUGUAGCCCUAAUGGCUUUCUAACAAUAUUUUAUUAUAGUUUUACCUUACAAAAAGUAAAAAACCUGCCAAGAGCAUGUCGGGCCAUGCUCAGUGUAGUGUUCCGUAGUUACCCGUACUUCAAGACUUUCAAAAAGAAAAUUAAAGUACAGAAUAUCAUAAUUACCUGUGAAAUGAGUAUUUUCUUGGGUUUUUUGGCCCUGAAACACCACAACCCGGCACACAACAUGACACUAUCGUCACUAAAUUACUUAAUGUAUAAUUUUCUUUUUGAUUCGCUUAUAUUUUUCACGUUAAAAAAUACGGCAAUAUGAUUUUGGCCGCCUCGGCCGCCUUCGAACUCAAAAUUGGUUACGUUUUCUCAUAUGUAGUCUACCUCUUUUGCACUUAUGACUUGUUCAUAUACGUCAUGGCUUCCCUUUCGCACACUUCAUCUGUCUGUCAAGCGAAGCGACUGACAUGUCUAUGAUUUAGCGUGAUGUAUUUUUUAUUAUUUGGAGCGGUUAUACUAGUUUUAAGAAACAAUGACUUGAAAAGGGGUAGAACUAAAAUAAAAUUAAGUGAUUUUGGCCAACUUUUAGGGCCAAAUAUCAGUCCGUGCAAUAGUUUAUGGAGCCUUUACUUUCUACUUGUGAUUUUGUUUUCAUAAACCAUGAAUUAGUUCGGAACGAAUAAAAUUGAAGUGAAACAAUAUAAGUUUUUAAUCGAAUUUAAUUAAUACCUGUAAAUUUUGAAGAUUGCUUAAAAUUAAAUAUCACUGGAUGUAUGAAUCCAUAAGGGCAAGUGUAAAUAAUACCUACAAAAUAAACUAAUACUAUUUA